GAAAAAAGAUGCAUUUAAAAUGGUGCCAAUGCAACUCCGAGAAAGAGCAUUAAUGCUGCUUCAACAAGUUCAAAUUAGAUUUAAAAAAGAGCUACAAAAACGAAUAGAAUUGCGGCAGUUCCUUGUGAACAAAAUGAUGAUAGAGGUUGUAAAAAGUAAACAGAUCCCUGAUGAUUGUAUUGAGAAUGCUGCUGGAGAGGUUGUAAAAAGUAAACAGAACCCUGAUGAUUGUAUUGAGAAUGCUGCUGGAGAGGUUGUAAAAAGUAAACAGAUCCCUGCUGAUUGUAUUGAGAAUGCUGCUGGAGAGGUUGUAAAAAGUAAACAGAUCCCUGAUGACUGUAUUGAGAAUGCUGCUGGAGAAAUUGUAAAAAGUAAACAGAUCCCUGCUGAUUGUAUUGAGAAUGCUGCUGGAGAGGUUGUAAAAAGUAAACAGAUCCCUGAGGACUGGAUUCAGAAUGUUGCUGGAGAGGUUGUAAAAAGUAAACAGAUCCCUGAUGACUGUAUUGAGAAUGCUGCUGGAGAGAUUGUAAAAAGUAAACAGAACCCUGGUGAUUGUAUUGAGAAUGCUGCUGGAGAGGUUGUGAAAAGUAAACAGAUCCGUGAUGAUUGUAUUGAGAAUGCUGCUGGAGAGAUUGUAAAAAGUAAACAGAUCCGUGAUGAUUGUAUUGAGAAUGCUGCUGGAGAGAUUGUAAAAAGUAAACAGAUCCCUGAUGAUUGUAUUGAGAAUGCUGCUGGAGAGGUUGUGAAAAGUAAACAGAACCCUGAUGAUUGUAUUGAGAAUGCUGCUGGAGAGGUUGUAAAAAGUAAACUGAACCCUGAUGAUUGUAUUGGGAAUGCUGCUGGAGAGGUUGUAAAAAGUAAACAGAACCCUGGUGAUUGUAUUGAGAAUGCUGCUGGAGAGGUUGUAAAAAGUAAACAAAACCCUGAUGACUGUAUUGAGAAUGCUGCUGGAGAGGUUGUAAAAAGUAAACAGAUCCCUGAUGAUUGUAUUGAGAAUGCUGCUGGAGAGGUUGUGAAAAGUAAACAGAACCCUGAUGAUUGUAUUGAGAAUGCUGCUGGAGAGGUUGUAAAAAGUAAACAGAUCCCUGAUGAUUGUAUUGAGAAUGCUGCUGGAGAGAUUGUAAAAAGUAAACAGAACCCUAAAAAUAAACAGAUCCCUGAGAACUGGAUUCAGAAUGUUGCUGAAGAGGUUCUGAAAAGUAAACAGAUCCCUGAGGACUGGAUUCAGAAUGUUGCUGGAGAGGUUGUGAAAAGUAACCAGAUCUGUUACCAGUCUUUACAGGAGGUUAUAGACGUGACCCCAGCUGUGUGUCCUGUCUAUCUACAUCAACCAGAUGUGACCGACUCCUUGAUGAGUUUCUUCUUAGCCUUGUUUCAGGGACUUCGGGUUCAGAUGGGCAUGGUCUUCCCAGACCAAACUAAACAGACAUCUAUGACCCUCUGUACACAAAAGCAGAUAGCAGAAAGUAUAUGUCAUGAAAGCGCAGCUGCCCAUAGAGUUGUAGAGAAGUUUCUUAAGAUUUUUGAACUUAUUGUGCAAGAGCCUGGGAUAGAUUUCAAAGCAUUUUUACCAAAUUUGAUAUCGAUGUGUAUGGAUCAGAUUUAUCCAAUAAUAGCACAGCGUCCAUCGCCUGGCAUUAAAGCUAGUCUGUAUAGAUUAGUCCAUGAGUUAAUGAUGAACAACGGGAGAUAUUUCUUCAAGGGCAGUGUACUCAAAAAAUUAAGUGUACAGCACACUGCUCAGAAUGACAACGGAGAGAUUCAGAAGGCACAGGAGGUCAAAGACAGUGCUCUGAAGAAAUUAAGUGUACAGCACACUACUCAGAAUGAAAACCGAGAGAUUCAGAAGGCACAGGAGGUCAAAGGCAGUGCACUGAAGACAUUAAGUGUACAGCACACUCCUCAGAAUGAAAAUCGAGAGAUUCAGAAUGCACAGGAGUCUACUGCCAUUAUGCAGGAGGAAAAGGAAGAGAAGAUGAAACCGGUUCAAUUGAUGACAAAGCCUAAAAAAUUAGGAGUCUGA